AUGUCCUACAAAAGAUCCGGAUUGCUCUGGGACUCUGUCUGUGGUAAACCCCGAGUGUCCAGAGCGCGGAGCAGCACCUCCAGAGGACCUGGGACCAAAACACAAGAGAGACAUGACACGAGUCAACGAUAUAUACAGGAGAGACAUGACACGAGUCUCCGAUAUAUACAGGAGAGACAUGACACGAGUCACCGAUAUAUACAGGAGAGACAUGACACGAGUCACCGAUAUAUACAGGAGAGACAUGACACGAGUCACCGAUAUAUACAGGAGAGACAUGACACGAGUCACCGAUAUAUACAGGAGAGACAUGACACGAGUCACCGAUAUAUACAGGAGAGACAUGACACGAGUCACCGAUAUAUACAGGAGAGACAUGACACGAGUCACCGAUUUAUACAGGAGAGACAUGACACGAGUCACCGAUUUAUACAGGAGAGACAUGACACGAGUCAUCGAUAUAUACAGGAGAGACAUGACACGAGUCACCGAUAUAUACAGGAGAGACAUGACACGAGUCACCGAUAUAUACAGGAGAGACAUGACACGAGUCACCGAUUUAUACAGGAGAGACAUGACACGAGUCACCGAUAUAUACAGGAGAGACAUGACACGAGUCUCCGAUAUAUACAGGAGAGACAUGACACGAGUCACCGAUAUAUACAGGAGAGACAUGACACGAGUCACCGAUAUAUACAAGAGAGACAUGACACGAGUCACCGAUAUAUACAGGAGAGACAUGACACGAGUCUCCGAUAUAUACAGGAGAGACAUGACACGAGUCACCGAUAUAUACAGGAGAGACAUGACACGAGUCACCGAUAUAUACAGGAGAGACAUGACACGAGUCACCGAUAUAUACAAGAGAGACAUGACACGAGUGUCCGAUAUAUACAGGAGAGACAUGACACGAGUCACCGAUAUAUACAGGAGAGACAUGACACGAGUCUCCGAUAUAUACAGGAGAGACAUGACACGAGUCUCCGAUAUAUACAGGAGAGACAUGACACGAGUCACCGAUAUAUACAGGAGAGACAUGACACGAGUCACCGAUAUAUACAGGAGAGACAUGACACGAGUCACCGAUAUAUACAGGAGAGACAUGACACGAGUCACCGAUGUAUACAGGAGAGACAUGACACGAGUCACCGAUGUAUACAGGAGAGACAUGACACGAGUCACCGAUAUAUACAGGAGAGACAUGACACGAGUCACCGAUAUAUACAGGAGAGACAUGACACGAGUCACCGAUUUAUACAGGAGAGACAUGACACGAGUCACCGAUUUAUACAGGAGAGACAUGACACGAGUCACCGAUAUAUACAGGAGAGACAUGACACGAGUCACCGAUAUAUACAGGAGAGACAUGACACGAGUGUCCGAUAUAUACAGGAGAGACAUGACACGAGUCACCGAUGUAUACAGGAGAGACAUGACACGAGUCACCGAUAUAUACAGGAGAGACAUGACACGAGUCACCGAUAUAUACAGGAGAGACAUGACACGAGUGUCCGAUAUAUACAGGAGAGACAUGACACGAGUCACCGAUGUAUACAGGAGAGACAUGACACGAGUCACCGAUAUAUACAGGAGAGACAUGACACGAGUCACCGAUAUAUACAGGAGAGACAUGACACGAGUCACCGAUAUAUACAGGAGAGACAUGACACGAGUCACCGAUAUAUACAGGAGAGACAUGACACGAGUCACCGAUAUAUACAGGAGAGACAUGACACGAGUCACCGAUAUAUACAGGAGAGACAUGACACGAGUGUCCGAUAUAUACAGGAGAGACAUGACACGAGUCUCCGAUAUAUACAGGAGAGACAUGACACGAGUCACCGAUAUAUACAGGAGAGACAUGACACGAGUCACCGAUUUAUACAGGAGAGACAUGACACGAGUCACCGAUGUAUACAGGAGAGACAUGGCACAAGGCUACAGCUGCUAGACAAGAAGCAAAGCCAAGCAAAAAGCAAUUACGUAUUUUCUGUUGAAUACAUUUUGUAAAAUAUUUGUUGGGACCUGUGAAACUUUUUCAAGGAAUCUUUGAUGAAUAAAAAGUUACAAAGAACAUUGCUUAUUUAAAAUUAUAUUGUAACACAACAUUUUUAAGUACUAUUCAAAAUUUUGGGGUUGGUAAAUUUAUUAUUAUUAUUUAUUUUAUUUUUUCAAAUGAAUCUUUACUGUCAUUCAGCAAGGAUACAUAUGUAUUAUAUGAUCUAUUUUCCUGUAUCUUGAUGAGCAUAAGAGAUUCAUUAAAAAACAUAAUCUUACUGAUCCCAAACUUUUGAACGUGUAAUUUUAAAGGAAUUUUAGAGAAGAUGUUCUACAACACUACAAAUGAAUUACAUGUUAAUACAUUAAUUAUCAACCAUAAGUUGGUUUUGACUCAAAAACUGGUUAUAAUAAAAUCUGUGAAUUGAUAGUAGUUUAUUAUAUGCAAGCUGUCUGCUUCUGAAAGAGACAGCACAUGUUUGGU